AUGGCUCCCAAUAAUCUUAAAAUACUUGCAUACAAUAUCUUGAAAAGUCUUGGAGAUGACCUUGUCAAAGAUAUGAAAAUACCUGAACUGGGCCCAUGUUCAGAGUGCAAUAACGAGAUUCUUUCACUAAAUCUCAGACCGUUCACAACGCUCUCUUGUGGACAUACAUAUCAUAGACUUUGUAUUGAGAACAAGAUAUUGCAUAAUGCAGCAAGUGUAUGUUCUUUCCCGGGAUGUGGAAAGACAAUCGAGACCGAAGCAGUGGAUACUAGACGAGAUUAUGAUUCAUCGCAAUCAAGCGGAACUUCGACUAUAACGAGUAUGUUAGGCAGUGGUCUUAGCCUAAAUCCUUUACCUGUUAAACAAGAUAGGGGCUCGAAUGAAGAGGAAAUAGUAACUCGAGCUAUAAAUCAGCCCACACCCUCCAGUAGAAAGCGAAAGAAUAAUUCUACCUCCGUGAAUAACCCCAGUAAAAGGGUUAAGAAACCAGUCAAGAACGAGGAUUCUCGUAUGCUUAAGAGGCUUGUUCGGGAGAUGAGCACUGUUUCCCCCCGGACUUCUGACCUUAAGGAGAGAGAAGCUCUCGAAAGGGCUUCCAAACUAGGAAGUGGGAAGAAUGUGUUCUUUGAUUUAUAUUUUCAGAUUUGUAAUGGAAGAGGAUGCUCGUUUCGAAGUGAUAAUAAACUACCUAUUUUUUGGAGAGGGACUAGAAAAACGUCUCGUCCAGUAUAA